UCCUCCACCGCCGCCGUGCUGGGCAGUGCCGACGUGCCCGAAAGCCUUGCAUUGGGCAGUGAUGCGACUUUUGGGCCCAACGGCUUGUGCGAUGCGCCGAGCUUGGAACCUGAAGAGGAGGUGGCAGAUGCGGAAGAGGAGAGCCUUCUCCUUGUGGCGAAGUGCGAUGCUGUGCUCAGCGCUUUGGUGGAGCUUUCGGGAGGUGCCGCCCAGGGUCUCUUCAGCGAGGUCUGGCGCGACGAAGAGCAGCGUGAGGCCAUUCUGAUGCGCUUCGCUGCAGCAUGGGACGAGCGAUAUGCAGCCCAA